AUGAGACGUUAUGUCGGGGAUCGCAAGGCAUAUGGACUUAUCACAACGCUGGUGAACCACAAGGAGAAAUCGAAGAGGUCGGAGAAGACUUGCCGUGCCAUCGAACGCGUGGGUCAAGCUGUGCAUCUUGCUGUUGAGAAGUUUGUCGCUGUGGGCGAGACCAUAGCCGGCGACAACUAUGACAUCAGAGAUGACAUGAGUGCCGCCUGCAGGGAGGCCAGGCUUGCAGGAAGCAAUAUUGCCAAGUUGACUGAUGUAACGUAUGAUGCUGCAGGACAGAUGACCAGUCCAGCUGGAAAGGGUAAUAUGGUUCGGGCUGCCCGAGGUCUUCUAUCAGCCAUUACUAGGGUCUUGUUGUUAGCUGACAAGAUUGUUAUCAAGCAGAUAUCAAAUUCUAGAAAUCGAGUAUGUAACAGCUUAGAGCGUAUCGAUAAGACAAGAAGUUUUACUGAAUUUGUUCAAUGCUUCAGUCAGUUUGGCAGGGAGAUGGUGGAACUAGCCCAUUUAACUGGGGAUAGGCAGAUGGAUUUAAAAGAUGAGAGAGCGAAAGCCAAGAUGGCAUGCACCCGAUCAACCCUAGAGAAGUCUACCACAAUGCUGCUGACAUCAUGUAAGACGUGCCUUAGACAUCCAGAAUGUGAGCCAGCCAAGAAGACCCGCGAUUCAGUUUUCGUCAACAUGAGGAAAGCCCUUUCCAACGUGGAAGACAUCAUCUACGACAAGUACGACAACAAGCGCAUCUCUUCUCACUCUUCCCCAAACGGCAUUACAUCGUGGCCUAAUAUGCACAGUAUCAUGCAGGAGUUACAUGAUCUGGUGGAAACCUCCAAAGUAACCCUUGCUGACGAACCUACAAGAACGAAGAUGCAGCUAGCCAUGGACCUGCUCGUCGACACCACCCAGGACUUUACAGACUCUGCCUAUACUUCACAUGAACACAGAGAAAGAAUACUGACCUUAUGUGAAAGGGCCCGGGCUAAUCUGACGGCUCUCAAUGACCAUGGGAGAACGAUAAUGCAUGACAAGCAUCCGUCUGACCUACAGGAAGAUGAACUUGAGAUUCUGGUGGUCAAGAUGGUCAAAUCAAUCUCAGAUCUAAAGAAACAGCUUCAACACACAGCCCUAGAUCAUGCAUCAGAAGUCUUCAAGGUCGGGGAUGACCACAGUACCAUCCAUAAACUAAAGGAAGUAGCCACUCAGGGACAGGUCGAUGCCGUUCAACAGCUUACCGUUAGGUUCCAUGACUAUGCUGAUCAAAUUAGAGAAGUUUGUAGAUUACUUGGCCAUGUAUCCAGAAUAGCUCCACUGACCAUCAGUUGUGAUCAUGCAGAGAAUAGUGUAGCCACACUGGACACACAGCUUACAGGAGCCGCAAUCACUCUGGCAAUGAACCAUAAUAGUAAAAUAGCUCGAGAGAAUCUGGACGUCUUUGCGGAUACCUGGGAAAGUCAAAUUAACGACCUUAGUACAUUAGUCAAGGAGGUCAACGACUGCUGUGUUGGCAAAACAAACAACAAACAAGUAUAUCUCUCUCUUCCUAGGCCAGGGGCUGAUAUUAAACAUGGUACCACUGCCAAAGCUGCUAAACCGGUCAAGCUGGAUUCUCAGGAACAAGCAAAGAUUGCAAAGGUUGGGUUAGAGGUCAAACUUCUUACCUCUGAGGUAGAUGCAGAGACAGAGAAAUGGGAGGACCAAGCCAAUGAUGUCGUGAAGAGGGCCAAGAACAUGUCAAGUAUGGCCUAUGCUAUGUAUAUGUUCACAAGAGGGGAGGGAUCACUCAAGACAACAUUAGACCUCUUCAAGCAAGCAGAGUAUUUUGCUGAAGAGGGUAAUAAGCUCUUCCGAUCAGUCCGUGAGUUUGUUGGUCAGGUUCCAGACUGUCAGCUUAGGAAUGAACUGAUGAUGUACUUAGAGCAGAUCCCAUCACACUGUCAGCAGCUCAACUUCACUACCAAGUCACCAUCAGCAGGAAAAGCCAGUACAUUCAAUAAGGUUGACUGUACGAUUCAAGAAACCAAGAGUCUACUUCUUUGUAUUGUUAGAAUAGUUCCUAUAUGUUACUCAUUAUCUUCAAAGUACAAUGUGUCCACCCCAAACUCCCCCAUCUCCCGAUGGAGAAAACCGCCCCAAAUGAUGGAUCUCCAUAGCAACAGCUCGGACAUGGACUCACCCCUCAGUCAAAGCUCUGGCUUUAUGAGUGACGGAUCCAUCAUGAGGGUGCAGAAGACACUCCACAAAAUGAACUCUUUUGAUAGACUCUAACACAAGCCCCAUCGACCCAAACUCACAGAGGGAGUAAUCAGUCAUUAAUGGAAGAGUCUUGCCAUUGGAACUGUAUUGGACACUCGUGUAAUUUUUAUCCAAGUGAAUGGAAUUUGUGAGCAUUUUUACCUUCAUGUAUUACCAGUUCCUGAUCACCACGUCUCUAUUGUCAUGUUUUACUAUGCAUACACCAGGUGUUGAUAUGUCAGGAUGAACCUCUGGAAAGCUAUUGUGGUGCUUCAGAGAGUUGUAUGUUUGUAAACUAUGCAUAGGGUUUGCACAUGUGUUGAGGGUGUACUACUGGAAAAGAACAAAUUGUCUUGGAGCCAUUAUUUCGUCAGACACUGGAUAGACAAGACCUGCACCCACCUAAUGUACCUUUUCCUUUUUGUAAUUAAAAAUGUCCAGUAAUCAUCAAAUAUUAAAACAUGAUUAGCAUUUUAUGAAUUUAACUUCUCAUAUGACCAUCCCAAUGAACUUGAGCAAACAGCAGUAUUCAUUUUGAAUCGUGAAUAAUGUACUCUCUUAAAUUAUUGCUAAUGUGUUGGUGCUGUCUUUAGUGUUGAUUUUUAUCAUCAUGUGAUAAAUUCAAGAUUAAGUGGCAUUCUUUGCCGUAUAAAUCUUCUGUCAUCCUUUGGGAUUACUGAAAAUAAUUUAACUAUCAAGCAUUUGUUUUCUCUGUUGGGGUUGUUUUUAUUCAAUGAUUAUGGAGGUAAUAAAAAAAAGUAUUGAUAAUAAUUAAAAGAUUUCAAUGUUAAUAUUUAUCAUCAUGUCCACUUGCAUAGUAAUUGUAUCUUUCAUGUCUUAUGCUCCGAGUACUUAGAUAUUUUAACCCAAUUAACGUUUCAAAUCACAUUCAAUGAAAUAUGAAACACAAUCAGAUGAAAUAUAAAAGUGAUAUUUUCUUAUAUUUGAUAAAUUACUGUUAUGUGCAAUCAA